AUGCCCGACCGCAUCAAAGUCUCCCCCUUCGACAAGCCUGUUGCCUUCUGCGCCUUCUCGUCGUUCCUCGUCUUCGACCGGGCAAUCCACGAGCCCGCCGAAAUCAUAAAGAGGGCGCUGUCUCGAGCUCUGGUCCACUUCCGCCUCAUGGCCGGCCGCGUCAUCGUGGGAGACGACGACGGCGAGCUCUGCAUCGCAUGCACCGGCGAGGGCGUGGAGUUCGUGGCCGCGACGGCCAACUGCGCCCUGGAGGACGUCAAGCUCUUCGACCCGCCGUUCGCGGCGGUGCUAGGAGACCUCGCUGCCGACUACCCGGAGGCCAGCUGCCGCGUGACCGACCCCUUGCUUCUCAUGCAGGUGACAGAGUUCUCCUGCGGCGCGUUCGUCCUUGGUGUCACGUGGAACCACGUCGUCGCCGACGGCACGGGGAUCGCUCUGCUCCUACGGGCCAUGGGCGAGCUGGCGCGCGGGCGGGCUCAGCCGUCCGUCUCCCCGGUCUCCUGCGCCGAGCAUCUCCUGCCGGACCUCCCGCCUUUGGUCGCCGCUAUAGAGCAGACCAUGGUUGGCCACCUGGAGCCCCAGGAUUACUCCUACCUCGACUUCACGCUGCCGAUGAGCACUAUCGACCGCAUCAGAGCCGAGCUCAGCGACGAGCUGGGCGCGCCGUGCACCGUAUUCGAGGCGGCUACGGCCGUACUAUGGCAGUGCCGCAGCCGCGCCAUCAUGCCCGACGACGACCCGGGCACCCUGGCGCCGCUCAUCUUCACCGCGGACGCGCGUAGGCACGUCGGUGCCGCGGACGGCUACUACAGCAACUGCGUCAUUACGCAGGCAAUCACCCCGUCUCCGACGAUCCGUGAGGUGGCUGAUGGGGACAUCAAAGACGUCGUUAAGCUGGUCAGGAGUGGCAAGGAGCAGAUACCUGCCACCUUCGCCGGAAAAGAACAAGCAGAAGGCGUGCCAGGCGUGGACGCGCUGUUCGGGUACAACUUGUUAUUCGUGACGAGCUGGAGGAACCUGGGCUUCGAGGCGACGGACUUCGGCGGCGGGACGCCGGCGCGCGUGAUGGGACACGUGGGGCCCAAGUCGGUGCCGGCCUGCGUGGCGUGCCUGCCGUACAGGGACAAAGACGGGGCCAACAUCCUGUCGCGCUUCGUCAAGGAGGAGCACGCCGGCGCCUUCCUUGCCGAGCUAGCCAAGUUCAUGUGA